AUGGAAGAUCAGAAUGGAGAGAAGAACCUGGAGAACCCAGUCGUGGUUCAGAAGAUGAUGCACGAAGGGUUGUGUCUGUUGGGCCCAAGGGUUGCAUCCCUUGACUUGAAUGUCACCAAAGGGUACAAGUUGCCAAGAGUCAUGAGUGCCAAGGGUCAUGAGAGUCCAAAGAGUACGAGUAACCAGAUGGAAAUGCGGCUUGUGGUGGUCAAGCCAAGGAACCGUGAAGGCUCUAUCAGUGAGAAGCUGUGCCGUGUGUGGGGUGGUAAAAGCAAAUCAGGAAGAACUCGAAAGAGUAAGGGAGCGACCGGACAGUCCAGCCAACGGGUGGACGAUGUCAAUCCGGCCGGGUUACCAACCGAUCCGGUUGUAGCUAACACCGGUGCAGGAACAACAGGAGAUCCGGCAACCCUUACUCCAGGGCGAGUUGAUGGUACGAUAAGGGAGGACGACCAGGAGCAUGAAGAGGAAGUAGAAUCCUCAAAUGCCGAGCGUCGGGUCGACCCACGUACAGGCGCAGUCGAUGGUGAAGGAAACCAGGCCGCAGGGCCGUCCAUGAAGGACGUGCUAGAAGCCAUGAAGCUUAUGGGCAAUCAGAUGGUUGCUAUGACUCAGAUGGUCACCCCUUUGGUGAACUCAUCAGUGGGUCAAGCGCCACCUACCGCAACGCCCAUAGCAAAUGGUACGGCCCGGGAAACGGCUGAGGUGAUUGAGAUCGACCCACCCGUAAGGACUGAGAAGAAGGUGGACUAUCUGAGCUUGUUGCAGCACAUCACCCGUCUGGGUACGCAACACUUCUCAGGUAGCACCGAUCCCAUAGAGGCAGACGAGUGGAGGAGUAGGCUUGUCCGAAACUUCAAUUCUACUCGUUGCCCAGAGGAUUAUCAGAGAGACAUUGCGAUCCACUUCCUGGAAGGGGACGCACAUAAUUGGUGGUUGGCUUUAGAUAAGCGCACCAAUGGAAGUCUCCGAAGUUUUGCGGAUUUUGAAGUGGAAUUCAACCGCAAAUACUUUCCUGCAGAGGCUUGGGACCGUCUGGAAGCUAAAUUCCUAGAUUUGGUCCAAGGCCGCAGAACCGUACGGGAGUACGAAGAGGAGUUCAACCGGCUCAGACGGUUUGUUGGAAGGGAGCUUGAGGACGAGGCAGUCCAGGUCCGUCGGUUCAUCCGAGGCUUAAGGCCUGAACUGAAGACCCACUGCUCGAUCCGCACCUUCAGCACCGUGAAUGAGCUGGUCGAACGAAUGGCUCUUUUGGAGUCUAACCUAGCUGAGGAAGCCAAGGUUAAGGCUAAGUCGCAGUCUGGCCAGUCUGGCAAGACCAACGACCGAAAGAGGAAAUGGGACCAGGUAGACGGAGGCAAGACCUCUGGUGGUCGACCUGAGUGUCCUAAGUGCGGCAAACACCAUCCAGGUGAAUGCUGGAAGGCCAUGGGGGCUUGUGUGCGAUGUGGCAGUAUGGACCAUAAGAUCCAGAACUGCACUCGACCAAACCAGAACUCAGGCCAGUCUGGAGGAAGCGGCUCUCCUACUUGUUUCCAGUGUGGCAAGAGUGGACAUUACAAGACGGACUGUCCCCAGCUACGUGGAGGUCAAGGGAAGGGUCGUGGAGACAAUGGCAAACCAAGCCAGAGCAGGCCAGCUUCAAACCCUCGGGUUUACGAGCUGUCCCGUGAUGACAGUGCUUCCGGGUCGCUGGACUCGAUCACUGGGACCCUCAUGAUUGGUGGUGUGGAAACACACGUACUUUUCGACACAGGGGCUACACAUAGUUUUGUGAGUCCGGAACUGGUCGGAAAGGGUCUGUUCUGUCUGGACGCUGGGGAUACUUCGGUGAUAGUGAAUGCAGCCGGAGGGCAAGUAAUGCAUUCACUGGGCAAUAUGUCAAAUAUCCCAGUGUCAAUUCAGGGAAGAGAUUUCCCUGUGAAUCUGAUUUGUGUCCACCUAAAGAAUCACGAGGUGAUCUUAGGUAUGGAUUGGUUGGGAAGGUAUCGGGCCACUCUCGAUUGCCAUAGGGGUCGUGUGCAAUUGGAGAAUGGACUUCACCCGAUUCAGUACCAAGGUCUGAGUCCGGCUCUAGGAAAAGUAGUGGUAUCAGCAGUCCGAGCAGUACGGAUGCUGAAACAGGGUUGCGAGUCCUUUUUGGCCACAAUCACCACUACGGAGCCCGACUGUUCUGUUUGUCUGAAAGACCCUGCAGAGGAUUCGUUGGUGUCUGAGUUCCGAGAUGUGUUUCAGGCGCUACAGGGAGUUCCCCCUGAUACUGUUAGGCCCGAACCGUUUAUGAUUGAACUAGAGCCAGGGACAGUUCCGCUGUCCAAGAGUCCGUACCGAAUGGCUCCGGCCGAGAUGGCUGAGCUGAAGAAGCAAUUAGAAGAAUUGCUUGACAAGGGGUUCAUACGUCCAAGUAGCUCCCCUUGGGGUGCACCAGUCCUCUUUGUGAAAAAGAAGGAUGGUAGCAUGCGUCUGUGUAUCGACUAUCGGGGGUUGAACAGGGUUACUGUGAAGAACAAGUACCCGUUGCCCAGGAUAGACGAAUUGUUGGAUCAACUCAAAGGAGCUAAAUGGUUUUCUAAGAUCGAUUUGGCCUCAGGGUAUCAUCAGAUCCCUAUAGAGCCAAAUGAUAUUAGAAAGACAGCGUUUAGGACCAGGUACGGUCACUACGAGUUCGUGGUGAUGCCAUUUGGUCUGACCAAUGCACCUGCUGCAUUCAUGAAAAUGAUGAACAGCGUGUUCCAAGACUUCUUGGACGAAUCAGUGAUCAUCUUCAUUGAUGAUAUCCUGAUUUACUCUAAGGAUGAGGAAUCUCAUAGGAAACACCUGAGAGCCGUGCUAGGACGAUUACGGGAACACAAACUUUAUGCUAAACUCAGCAAAUGCAGUUUUUGGCAGAAGAGUAUUGGGUUCCUCGGCCAUAUCGUGUCCGACCAAGGUGUCUCGGUGGAUCCAGAGAAGAUCAGGGCGAUCAAGGAUUGGCCCCGACCACGCAGUGCCACGGAAGUCAGGAGCUUCCUAGGGCUGGCAGGUUACUAUAGAAAGUUUGUGAAAGGAUUCGCAAGCUUGGCUCAGCCUAUGACACGGUUGACUGGGAAGGACGUUAAGUUCACAUGGUCUGAGGAGUGUGAGAGAUGUUUCUCCGCGCUUAAAGACAUGUUGACCAGCGCACCCGUCCUAGUACUUCCGGAGGCCGACCAACCAUAUGUGGUCUAUACCGACGCGUCCAUAACUGGACUAGGUUGUGUACUGACCCAGAAUGGAAAGGUCAUUGCCUACGCAUCAAGGCAGUUGAGAAAACAUGAGGGAAACUACCCCACCCAUGAUCUCGAAAUGGCUGCGGUAGUAUUUGCCUUAAAGAUUUGGCGGUCAUACUUGUAUGGCGCCAAGGUUCAGAUACUUACGGACCACAAGAGUCUGAAGUAUAUAUUCACCCAGCCUGAGUUAAACUUAAGGCAGAGGAGGUGGAUGGAAUUUGUGGCUGAUUACGAUCUAGACAUCUCCUAUCACCCGGGCAAGGCCAAUCUGGUCGCAGACGCCUUGAGCCGGAGGAGGGCGGAUGUAUCGGCCGAACGGGAGGCGGGCGACCUGGAAGGGACGGUCCGUUCUCUGCAGUUGAAUGCAUUGACUAAUGAGUCUGAACCACUCGGGCUGGAGGCGGUUAACCAAGCCGACCUACUCACCCGAAUUCGUUUAGCUCAGGGUCAUGACGAGAACCUGAAUAAGGUGGCUCGAAAUGAUAGGACGGAGUACCAGAUUGCAAAAGAUGGUACCAUCCUAGUGAAUGGUCGGAUCAGUGUUCCAAAUGAUAAGGGCCUUUUUUUUUUUUUUGUCACGGAAAUUCUAUUAAGAAAUAGAAGCUAA